AAAUUCUACGGCACACGGACAUCAGUGUGCAUAAUUCGUUCUUAGCGGCGUGUUUUGUCAUCACCAAAAUGAAAGUAUUCGUUUGCUUAUUGGCACUUAGUGCCUUGACGGUGUCAACCCAUGCCGGAUUUCUAGGAUUACUUAAAGGAGGUGGCAGCGGUGGCUACGGUGGAGGCAGUGGAGGAUACGGAGGUGGUGGCUACGGAGGCGGCGGCCACGGAGGUGGCGGCUACGGAGGUGGCGGCUAUGGAGGUGGUAAAGUCAUCAAAGUUAUUACUACUGGCGGGGGCGGCUACAGCGGUGGCGGCUACAGCGGUGGCGGCUACAGCGGUGGUGGCUACGGAGGCGGUGGUUAUGGAGGUGGCGGUUACGGCGGCAGCGACUACGGACAUGGUGGUAGUCAUGGCGGCGGCUACAGCGGUGGUGGUUAUGGCCAUGGCGGCGGCGGUUAUGGCCAUGGCGGUGGCGGUUACGGUCAUGGCGGUGGCGGUUACGGUCAUGGCGGUGGCGUUCAAAUCUACAAGAUCAUAUCUGUCGAAGGCGGUCAUGGCGGCGGCGGCUACGGCGGUGGUGGCUACGGCGGUGGUGGCUACGGCGGUGGUGGCGGAGGCUGGGGUGGUUGGGAUAAGAAGAAGUAA